GUGUGCAAAUAUUAAUUUAAGGGUGUUGUCACAUAAGUGAACUUUUAUAAGCACACCUGCAUGCUGAUGCCUAACACUUUCAAACAGAUAGUUAUUACGGUAGGGAAAUGUUUAUCUUGAAGGCAUUCAAGGACCUGACUUUGAUGAAAAAAAUUCUUUACGGAGAACUACCGCAGUCCAUUAAUGUUCUUGGUGGAUUGCUUCAUAUACUGCAAAACAAUGUGUUUCAGAUGAAGAUGUGUGUUGAUUCAUGGCCUACAUUCAGUACUGCCAUCUGUUACCAUCAAAACCAGGAUUUGUGGACUGAGAGUGGUUUUGGGGAUAUUAAUGAAAAGUACAGCAUCUUCUCCAAAAACCAAGACACUCUAAGAAGUCUGCUGGCGGAUGAUAAACUUGUCAAGUGGAGGAACGGAUUUCAAUUUGAAGCUGCAAAUGCUCACAGUCAAAUCAUCCACGAAAUUGCUUCUCUCAAAGGAUUCCACAUUAAGGAACAUGGAGUUUAUCAUUCUUACAUUUACAACAGCCGAGAAAAGUUGGAGUUGCUGGAGAUGUCAUCCAAGCUGUCAACAACUGCCUUGAAUGAGUCCGAUGCUGAGCUUGUUGACAAACAGUUGCCUUAUGGAGGGAGCAAGGAAAGCAUCAAUCUAGUGAGAGCCUAUAUCAAACAUCUGCCAAGCUUUUGUGUGGUGGAUGAGAAAGGGCGUCCAGUGUCUUGGCUGUUGACCGAUGAGUUCAAUGCUGCCAGAAUGGGGUACACCGAACCAAAGUACAGACGGGCUGGUCUCGCUCAGAAUUUGAUGGUUAAAAUGAUCCAACAAAGAACUUCAGAAGGUUUACCCGUGUACGGCCAUGUUCAUGAAGAGAAUUUGGCCAGUAUUGAACUUAUGAAAGGGCUUGGCUUUACCGCCUGUGAAGAGACAGCCAUCAUGGUCUUAUCGAAUAACUGUAUCUGAGCAUUAAACGUCGGGAAAUAAAGAAUAUCUGCUUUAAAACCACAUACUAUAAAAUAAUAAAUAACACUGUGAAGACCUUUCCCAUCUCUUUGUAUGUCCAGGUGAAACAUUCAGUGUUGUUUUUUAGUAAUUGGAUCAUGUUUUUUAAUUCGCUUCAUUGUUUAUCCUUUACUGGGUCAAGAGGAACAGGUGCC